AUGGGUGUGACACAAAGGCAGCCUGUCAAGCAGGUAGAGCAGAAGACCGAAGUUCCUACCCUGCAAGCCCUCAAAGAUGCAAUCCCAAAGGAAUGCUUUGAAUCAUCUCUUGCCACCUCCCUCCUCUAUCUGGCUCGCGAUAUCAUCUACUGCGCAGCUCUGAUUUAUGCAGCGCUCCACAUUCACCUCCUUCCUUCUUUGCCUCUGCGAAUUGCUGCCUGGGCCACAUACGGCUUCUUCCAAGGAUGUGUUGGGACAGGACUAUGGAUUCUUGCGCACGAGUGUGGCCACGGUGCCUUCUCCAAGCACCAAGGCAUUAAUGAUUUCAUCGGCUGGGCCACACACUCCUUCCUGAUGGUCCCAUACUUCUCAUGGAAGAUCACACACGCUCGCCACCACCGCUACACCGGUCACAUGGAGAAGGACACCGUCUUUGUCCCCUGGACUGAGGACGAGUUGGCCUCCAAGCGAAAUGUCAGCAUUGAGCAGCUGAAGGACCUCGCCGAGGAGACACCCGUUGUUUCCCUCGUCCAGCUCAUUGGACACCAAUUGCUCGGAUGGCAGAUGUAUCUCAUCCUGAAUGUGACUGCCGGUGCCAAGAGUGGUCCUGAAGGUUGCAAGAAGGUCGAGUUUGCCAGCCACUACAACCCAUCGGCCUCGAUCUUCACUGCUGAGCAGUGGAAGCUGAUUGCCUACUCCGAUAUCGGUCUGCUCAUCAUGGGCUCCAUCGUCUGGUACACUGGUACCAUCAUUGGAGCAUGGAAUGUCUUCCUCCUCUACGUCGUCCCCUAUCUCUGGGUUCACCACUGGCUGAUUGCCAUCACAUACCUUCAGCACACUCACCCCGACGUUGCUCACUACACUGCGGAGGCCUGGACUUACACCAAGGGAGCCCUCGCUACCAUUGACCGCACCACCGGUUUCAUUGGUCGUCACUUCUUCCACGAGAUCAUUGACUACCACGUAGUCCACCACCUCUUCUCCCGCAUUCCCUUCUACAACGCUGAGAAGGCCACCAAGGCCAUCCAGCCCAUGCUCGGUGAAAACUACCACGAGGAGAAGGAAGAGGGCUUCUUGUACUCGCUGAUGAUGACCUUCCGCAAGUGCAUCUAUGUCUCGGAGGCCAAGGGACGCGCCAGUGGACAGACUGGUGUUCUGCACUUCGUUCUCGCAGAGGAGAGCAAAUAA